UCUCGUGAUGUCAACGUAAAACCCAUUUUCUCACGACGUAAUUGUAGCUAUCGCGAGAAAACCCCGCGCCAUUUGUGAAUGCUUUAGGCGGCUGAAAUCUCCAUCAUAAAUUUACUAAUUUCCUGCAGAAAAUAUGGACUUUAUCUCUGCACUGAGAGAGAGGGGUGUCCCUGAGGAGAACCUGACAAAAAUGGAGGAAGAUAAGAUUGAUCCUGCUGUUGCGAAACUAAUGAAUGAAGAGGAACUGUCUAAGUAUAUUCCUCGGUAUGGCGAUAGAGUCUUUGCAAAAAAUUGGAUGCCGAUAAAUGCAGAGGAACAUGGGAAUGUAGACAGAAAACAGAAAUUGAUCAACCGAUUGAGAGAAAAAAUGAAAUUACCAGCAAUUCAAAAUCAGAAAAAAAAAGGAGUUGGCAAUAAGAAUGCUGAAAGCAAGACAAGGAAAAUUGAACUUGGGUGGAUGAACUACCAAGAUAGCAGCUACAAACAAGUAAGAAGACCCAAAGGAGGUGGAACACGAGAAAUUGUUGUUAAAAAAGGAGACACAGUGUUAAAUGUUCUGAACAUCGGGAAAGAACUUUUUUUCCCUAAUGGUAAAUCAGUAAAAGGGAAUAUUGACGAUUUCAACUUUAUGCUCUGUGUCACUGGCUCUGAAGAACCACUCAAAGAAAAUCAGACAGUUGGUGGAUUAUACGAGGCAACACAUUACCAACUUCUUAGACUGUAUGUGUGCACAAGACUGAAAGAUCAGGAUUCUGAUCAGAGUGAUGAAACUGACACAAAUUUGACUCUAAAGAGAUCCCGGCUUACUUCCACACCAGACGUAUCUCCAUGUCCUUCAGGAUGUAACAAUCAGAACAGAAGUCAGACCUUGCACUCCCCGACUGUUACACCUGUCAGAUCUAGUGACAAUGUACUCCAGUCUUCUGAUGAUGAAGUGGUGUUCCUGGGUAAUGAUGUGAACAUAUCCUUUGACAUGGUCUCUGACACACUUGUAUACUCACCUGUACAUGUUGAUUGUGCGGGGAACGAAACAUUUACUGAAACAAUACCGGAAACAGUUCCAUUUGAGCCAGAUACAGUCUUUGUUCCAGGUAGCUCAUUCUAUGAAAUCACAGAUGCUAUAGAAACAGUGCCAGAAGAUCCACCUCAGGCAACUGACACCCAGGAGCAAUCAAACAAUGACUUGUUCUUUGAAAACCCAAGAAAUGUGACUGAAAGUGAAACAGUAUUGAUUCGCAGAGUUCACUGUGUGAAUGAUAUGAUUCAGGCUUUCUCAGACAAAAACAUUCUACAUGCCAAUGUAACAAUUAAACGUGUACUCGAAAAUGGUGAGGAGGAAGCUGGCGUCGGGGAUGGAGUGUUCCAAGACUGUCUUACUGAAUUUUGGGACACAUUUUAUGCAACAAGAACCUGUGGAACAACGUACAAGAUACCAACUCUGCAUCAUGCUUACCAAGAAAGAGAGUGGGAAGCUGUUGCACGGAUUUUUGCCAUUGGAUGGGCCUUGAAGUGA